AGGGCUUGUCUUACAGUCUUACAGUGUAUCUGUCUGACGUCAGCCUGCGGGAGACAGACAGAGCCUGGUGUUGUGAUGGGAGCUAGCUAACUAGAGAGGGCGACUAUACCUUUAAGUGAAAGAUAACGAAACAAGAAUCAAUCAGCGGCAUCGCUGGGUUGCUUAGCUAGUUUACUGGGUUUACAGGGAAUUUCGAUAUGAUAUUUGUUAAACUAAUUCUCAUGUUUUGCUGCCUACAAGAUAUUACAGGUCAGUUUGGGAACCCCUUGGACAAAUAUAUUCGCCAUUAUGAGGGUUUAUCAUAUGACACAGAAGCCCUGCACAACAGUCACCAGAGAGCCAAGAGGGCACUCUCUCCUCAAGACAGGACUGUGCAGCUGAACUUCCAUGCACAUGGGAGACAUUUUAACUUGCGGAUGAAGAGAGAUACAACUCUAUUUUCCCCAGAUCUCAUCAUUGAAGUAUCAGGAGAGGAUACAUCCAUUGAUACAUCACAUAUUUACAGUGGAGAAAUCUUUGGUGAAAAGGGCACACUGACCCAUGGCUCUGUGGUUGAUGGACGCUUUGAGGGCUUCAUUAAAUCCCACCAAGGAACAUACUACGUCGAACCCUCGGAGAGGUACCUAAAGAACAAGGAUGUGCCCUUCCACUCCGUCAUCUAUCAUGAGGAUGACAUCCAUUAUCCUCAUAAGUAUGGCUCAGAGGGCGGCUGCGCUGACCACUCUGUGUAUGAGAGGAUGUGGAAGUACCAAGCCGCUGCGGUAAAGGAGCCGGUCAAAGGGGUGAACAGUGUGUCGGAGGGGGAGGAGGAGGAGAGCUCCCGUGUUCCUGUUAUUCUGAGGAGAAAGAGGGCAACGGCAAAAGAGAAAAACACCUGCCAGCUCUUCAUCCAGACUGACCACCUCUUCUUCAAAUACUAUGGCACAAGAGAGGCCGUCAUUGCCCAGAUCUCCAGCCAUGUGAAGGCUAUUGACUCCAUUUACCAGGCCACAGACUUCCUGGGCAUCCGAAAUAUCAGCUUCAUGGUUAAAAGGAUCAGGAUAAAUACUACCGACGAUGAAAAAGACAGAACCAAUCCUUUUCGCUUUGCCAACAUCGGAGUAGAGAAGUUUCUGGAGCUAAACUCUGAGCAGAACCACGAUGACUACUGCCUAGCCUAUGUCUUCUCGGACAGGGACUUUGACGAUGGGGUUCUUGGCUUGGCAUGGGUUGGCGCUCCUUCAGGAAGCUCUGGUGGCAUCUGUGAGAAGAGCAAGAUGUACUCUGACGGGAAGAGGAAGUCUCUGAACACUGGUAUCAUCACUGUGCAGAACUACGCCUCCCACGUCCCUCCCAAGGUGUCACACAUUACCUUUGCUCAUGAGGUUGGGCACAACUUUGGCUCUCCUCAUGACUCUGGGAUCGAAUGCACCCCCGGAGAGUCCAAGUUGCAGGACAAAAAGGAGCAGGGCAACUACAUCAUGUACGCCAGAGCCACAUCAGGGGACAAGCUCAACAAUAACAAGUUCUCCAUCUGCAGCAUCCGCAAUAUAACCGCUGUUCUAACAAAGAAGAGAGAUGACUGUUUUGUUGAGUCUGGCCAGCCUAUCUGCGGUAAUGGACUAGUGGAAGAAGGAGAAGAGUGUGACUGCGGCUACAGUGAUCAGUGUAAAGACCCCUGCUGCUAUAAUGCCAAUGAAGUGGAGGGCAGAAAGUGCAAACUCCAACCUGGCAAAAUCUGCAGUCCCAGCCAAGGUCCAUGUUGCACACCAGAGUGUGCUUUCAUGGGCUCAAAUGUGGAGUGCAGAAAGGAUUCUGAGUGCGCCGAACAGGGCUCGUGCAAUGGAGCUACUCCUCUGUGUCCUGCGUCAGAACCAAAGGCAAACUUCACCUCUUGCCACUCCGAAACACAAGUCUGCCUCAAUGGGGUGUGCUCUGGUUCCAUUUGUGAGAAGUACGGUAUGGAGGUCUGCACCUGUGCCAGCGAAGACAGCAAGGAUGAGGCACUUGAGUUGUGCCACGUGUGCUGCAUGGAGAAAAUGAAGCCCAGCACCUGCAGCAGCACAGGCUCGGAGAAAUGGGCCCAAUUCUUCAACAAGAAGAUCACAACGCUGCAGCCCGGCUCCCCCUGCAAUGACUUUAAGGGCUACUGUGAUGUGUUCAUGAGGUGUCGUCUGGUAGACGCCGACGGGCCUCUGGCAAGGCUGAAGAAAGCCAUCUUCAAUCCAGAACUCUAUGAGAAUAUUGCAGAGUGGAUAGUGGCUCACUGGUGGGCAGUGCUGUUGAUGGGCAUCGCUCUUAUUAUGCUAAUGGCUGGCUUCAUCAAGAUCUGCAGCGUCCACACCCCCAGCAGCAACCCCAAACUGCCGCCACCGAAGCCACUGCCAGGUACACUGAAAAGGAGACGGCAGCAGCAAGCAAACCAACAGGCACAGGCUCAGGGCCAGGGCCAGCGCCACUACCGCCAGCCCAGAGAGAACUAUCAAAUGGGACAGAUGAGACGCUGAGACUCUGGUCUGCUCUUUGCUUUGGUUCUUGCUAGUGCCUACAAUGGGAGCACUUCACUCCAAAGAGUUACCUUUACCACCUAUUGCAAGAUCUUGCAAAUGGAUCGAUUUCACUGGACAAAGCCCAGAGUGUUUUUAUUUUUGGGCCUAACAAACUGGCUCAGCACCUCUGCUCUGAGAGCCAGAUUAGCAUUGGUUCACACAGCUUUUAUAGUAAAUAAAUAACUUUUCCAAGGAAAGAGAGGAGGAGAAAUUCACUGAUCUGUGUUAUGUGGUCUUAAUCUUUUGAAUGUUUAAAAAAAAAAAAAAAGGAAAAAAAAAACAGAAUUGAGGAGAGAGAAGCAGCUUUGUGUUAGUCGCCCUCCUCUGUCCGUCAUCCCUUUUCUUUUCCUGUUCUUCCACUCUGAAGUGCUGCCAUCAUCAGCACGAUGGCAGGACUGCAAGUCACAUAGGUAUUUACUGCCAUUGAAAACAGCAAUGAGAAGUUCAUUUGUUUUUUUUUUGCCAAUGUUAUUAGAUUGUUUAAAAUCAAAACACCAUGAAAAGGUUUUUUAUUUCGAAAGCGUACAUGUUCUUUCAGUGUGAAACUGUUCAGCAUUGGUGGUAGGUUUUUUAUUUUUUUCUGUGUUUCAAAUUGAAUGGAUUUUCUUUAUGAUUAUUUACUGUUUUAUUUCACUUUCUCAGGAUUAUUAAAACAACAACCGCAAACAAGUGUAUUUAGUGGAAAAGAUGGCUGCAUGUGUAUUUCAGGGUAAAGCCCCCUCCUUGCUGAAGCCUGUACAGAAGGGUUCACGCUAGCUGCCGUGGGAUUUAGAGGACAGGUUGUAUGAAAAGAAUGUAGAUAAAUGACUUUAACAAGAUUAUGGUGUCAUCUGUUAUCAGAUGGAGGGGAGAUUGAUUAUCUGGAUAUGUAUACUCUUGUUCAUGUGGCUUCGCAGCUGAGUUUACAUAAAGAUGUAGUCUGGGGAUGAAAUAUAUGGUGAGAGAAUAGCUUUUUAUCAACCUGAUUGUAUCACACUUUUUUUCUGUCAUAGCUUCCCCCCCGAUUCGUUGCUUUGUCACACACUUGUAAAACAACCACUUUGUGCUACGAAGUGAGUCUUUACAGCAAAAAGGAGAAUGUGUUCAAACUUAACUCUUGGGACAAAGAGGAUUGCGUAUAUAUAAGAAGUUAUUACAGAAAAAAAGUGUCUCAUUGUGAUCGUCCUACCCACCUUUUUAACUUUUGAAUUUCACACACUGGUAGUUGUUUAAGAAAUGACCAAAUCUGUUAAAACCACUCAACAGCAGUUGGAUCCUCUCGGCCUCUGUAGCCAGAUGAGGAGCCUUUCUGGUUUAAAUGUGAUUUUAGCUUUUAUUCAUUUUACUUGCAGUUGGAAUUUAAUAAAUUGAGGAAAACUAGAGCUUUUAAUUAUAUUGUUGCUUUGUUGCUACUGUUAACAGACAUUUACCAGAGCGAACAAUCACUGUGUGUCAGCCAUCCACCGCUGGUCUGUCCUUUUUUUUCCUACUGAUUGGGAUUUUCUCAAGGAACUUUGUUACCCUUGUUACACACUCUUGGUUUGUGUAAUUGCAUUAAAAAUGUGCCUACUCAGAGCAGUGUGACUGAAGUUAGUGUACUUGUGUCAGUGAUCUUUACCAAGGCUGAAACCAUGCAUGAGCUGGCAGUUUAUCCAAGCGCUGUCUUCAGCCUGGACUGCUGAAGUCGAAAGAAGAUAUGAUUUGGAAAUGAUGCGGUUUAGGGCUUGCCAAUUUAUGAUAAUCGUAGGAGGAAAUCUAAAUGAUAAUUGUUAUAUAUCAGCAUGAAAAUCAAAUAUUACAAACACAAGUUUUCAUAUUAUAAUCCAGAAUUUGUUUCAGAUUUUCUAACAGAAUAUUAAACAAUAAGUAAACACUAAUUAUAAUCUAAUAUUUUCCGGUCGUCUCCAACAAGAACUUGAGUCAACUUCACUGAUGUAUGGAUGAGAGUGCAGAAUACUCAGUUGAGUUACUGGCAGAAUAUAAAAAAAUAUAUAUGUAUAGUUUCUUAAAAUUAUUUUAGGAGCGAAAAACGUGGUGGAAUUUUUCUUAUCUUUGCAGAAGAGUUGUAUGGAGCACCGUUACAGCUCAGCAUUGUUUUCUGUGCAAGGUGUAAGGAUGUUGCGUUAACGUUCAGAUAGAUUCUAUGCAGAGUAUCGCAGGGCUCAACAGCGAACAAGUUAGCCUCUUCACAGAGAAAUGCCUUCAAUGUUUUCUCCUAAAUGGGUCCUUGGAAUAUUCUAUUGUGAUUUCAUAACAAAAUCUUCACUCGCGUAUAUGUACUGCAUCGAAGACAAAAAUGCAAUCCUAUGUUGCUUCUUUUACUCAUUUUGUUUUUCUUUCUGGUGCUACUGUUAGUGCUUUUUCUUGGGUCAGACCUGAAAGUAUAAUUUCCAUUAUUUCUGGCAAAUUUUUUAAGCUUUUUGUGUGUGUGAUCUAUUUUGCGGAAUCAUCCUUAUCUUUUGUUGUUAAUAUGGUAAGAUGUGGACAAUACUGGGUGUUGGGGGGGAUAAUACUCUCUGGGAAGUGUUUCUGUCUAUGUGUUGCUAUGAUGUUGAGAAAAUGUGCACUGAAGUGUAAGUGAUGUAAACAGAGAAUCAAGAAUGAUUUGGAUUCAGUACUACUGUCUGAUUUUAAUGUCUCCUGUGUUUUAUACAGUGUCUUUAAUUAAUGGUCUUUUUGUUAACUUUUUGUUUUGUUCCGUUUCUCAUUCUGCUUCCUUUGAAAGUUUUACGAAAUUUCCAAAGUUAUUGUGUAAAAAUAUCAUUUCUUUUGAACUACUUGAAAUGCAUUAAUAAACCAGAGUUGAUCAAA